AUGUUUGACUCAUAUCUUCAACAACACAGUAUUCACAAUGGUGAUCACUGUAGUUCCAGAGCAUUUACCAGGUUGAACAAAACAUUUCUUCUGCAGGAGGAUAUAGAACUGCAUUUGAAGGACAGGGAAGAUAAGGCUGAUAUUGCUUGCUGUAUGCAGCAUUUACCGCUUUGCUUUGAAUCUGAGGAGAAAGUGAGGAGAUUGUUGUACAAUGUCUCAUUGCUGCUGAAAUCAGGAGGUUAUUUUAUUGGCAUCACCCCCGACUCAUCAACAAUAUGGAAUAAGUACCAAAAAAAUGUUGAAGCAUACCACAACAAGAGUAGUGGAAUGAAGCCCAACAUAGUUCCUAACUGCAUUAGAUCUGAGAGCUACAUGAUCACUUUUGAAGGCGAGGAAGAGAAGUUCCCCUUUUUCGGUAAAAAGUACCAGUUGAAAUUUGCAGGCGAUAUUUGUGCUGAAACCCAUUGCUUAGUCCAUUUCCCAAGCUUGCUCAGGUUGGCUAGAGAGGCUGGUCUUGAGUACAUGGAGAUAACAAACUUGACUGAAUUUUAUGACGAUAAUAGAGCACAGUUUGCAGGUAUGCUGAUGGAUGCUGGUCCCAACCUUGUUGAUCCUAGAGGGAGACUUCUUCCCAGAUCGUAUGAUGUUUUAGGUCUGUACACCACUUUCAUUUUUCAAAAGCCUGAUCCAGAUAUUGCCCCUCCUCUCUCUACACCAGUGUUGGAAGAUGGGAGCUACAGUCAUGAUGAGGCAAGUGUUCGUAAAAUUAGAAAGAGUAUCAUGAGAAAGGGCCAUCGUUUUAGGCGUAAUUGAUUACGUAUCUGAUUAUGUGCUCCUUACCCAAAAUGUCAUCAUCUUAAAGUAGAUGCAGUCUUACUUUUGUAAGCAAAGAUUUAACUCGUAAAAACAAUGAAUCUGACUUGUUUAUGUCUUAAAGUCAUACUGUGGUGGACAUUUGACUACUUCACUGCCCUUUGAAGCACCAUGAAAGUUAAUACCAUUUUGCUUCCAUUGGUGCCAUAAAUUUAUACCUCACUUAUUGGGCAUCUUAAAAGUUACACCUUUCAAGUAGAUGCCGUGCUAUAUAGAACUUCAAAAGGAAAAUAGAGUGAGAAUAUUACAAAUCCCUUUUAACUAACCAUGAUGUUUAUUCAGUUAUGUGACAAAUGAUCAUGCCCUAGCCAUGAAUUGAGCCUUAAUAGUGGAAUUAGGAAAACUAGUACUUCCAUAGACAUUGAAAAAAAAGUCUAAAUUGCUUUCACAUCAUGGUUGAAGGUAAGAGCUGUAGAGAUGUGGAAGUAUUUGAAUUUGGGUCCAUGUAUGAAAUCAUAACUCCAAUGUUUUGUUGUUGGUAUCAGUUAUUUGCUGACAAUUUAGUUUCAAUCGCAGAGACUGGGGGCUGUAAAUUCUAACUAUUUGAACUUUACAGGACUAUUGGGUUUCAUUUUUUAGGAAUUAAAAGAGAAUAUACGUAAUGUCCUUUUACUCCAAAUGUGAAUAGGGACAUUUUAUCCUUGAGAGAAAUUGUAUCUGUUACUAAAGGUUAACUAUUAAUAAGGAAAUAGGGAUUUAAUUUCACGUAGUGCAUAAGAUUAGAGCGAGUUGGAUGAAACUGGGAAGUACUAGAGAUCCUGUGUGAUAAGUACUUACCAAGCCAAAAGUAGAAUUUUAUAGAGCAACUAUUAAAUUGACUAUUAAAUGAGGAUAUUAAGGUGUUGCUUGACAGAGUUUUUAAUAAAAGUUUGAG